AUGGCCGCUGCCGACUCCUCCUCCGCCGCGGCUCCGUCGCGUCAGCUUUCUCAGAAGGAGACGGACAUUCAGAUGAUGCUCGCCGCCGACGUUCACCUUGGCACUAAAAACUGCGACUUUCAAAUGGAACGCUACGUCUUCAAGCGCCGCACGGACGGUAUAUACAUAAUUAACCUUGGCAAAACAUGGGACAAGCUCUAUCUUGCUGCUAGGAUUAUUGUUGCUAUAGAGAACCCUCAGGAUAUCAUUGUUCAGUCUGCCAGGCCUUAUGGUCAGAGGGCAGUUCUUAAGUUUGCUCAGUACACUGGGGCUCAUGCAAUUGCAGGAAGACACACUCCUGGAACAUUCACUAAUCAGAUGCAGACAUCCUACAAUGAGCCUCGUCUUUUAAUUCUAACUGAUCCAAGAACAGAUCAUCAGCCUAUUAAAGAAGGUGCUCUUGGAAAUAUUCCAACUAUUGCCUUUUGUGACACUGAUUCUCCAAUGCGGUAUGUUGACAUUGGGAUUCCAGCCAAUAACAAGGGAAAGCAUAGCAUUGGUUGUCUCUUUUGGCUUUUAGCUAGAAUGGUGCUUCAGAUGCGUGGUACUAUUCGUCCGGGUCACAAGUGGGAUGUAAUGGUGGAUUUAUUCUUCUAUAGAGAACCUGAAGAGGCCAAGCAACAAGAGGAAGAUGAAGCACCACCUGCCCAAGAUUUUGCCAUUGACUAUGCUGCUGGCAUUAGCAGCUUCCCUGCCGAAGGCCAAUGGCCUGCUGCACACGAGCAACCCUGGACUGAAGAGGCUCCACAACCAAUACCAGCAGUUCCUACUAACUGGACCCCUGAAACAGCUGUUGCAGGGGAUUGGGGUGAGUCUGUUCCUGCUCCUGCUCCGGUUCCUACUCCGGUUCCUCAAGAUGCUGUGCCUCCAGCUCAAACUUUUCCUGCUACUGGCUGGGAUUAG